GCUUUUUCCGCCUCCUGGGAGGGUGAGUAGGGCUGGCCGCCUGGGUUGUGGUCUUAGUCUGUUUGGAGCUAAAGACCUUUCCAACCAUUCAGCACCGGGACGUUUGGUCACCUAGUAGCACCUGUUGCAGGUGACAGACAACUCUGGUCAUUCGCCUUGCCAGGUUGCUUUAAAGGAAGGAGAGUGGAAGACUAAAGACAUCAUGUCGGAGAUACUAGACCUCUCUUUUCUGUCCGAGAUGGAAAGAGAUUUGAUUCUCGGUGUUCUGCAGAGAGACGAAGAACUCAGAAAAGCAGAUGAGAAAAGGAUUAGGCGACUGAAGAAUGAGCUACUGGAGAUAAAAAGGAAAGGUGCCAAAAGAGGCAGCCAACACUACAGUGAUCGGACCUGUGCCAGGUGCCAGGAGGGCCUGGGCCGCUUGAUUCCCAAGAGCAACACUUGUGUGGGUUGCAAUCAUUUAGUGUGCCGAGAAUGCCGCAUUCUGGAAAGCAAUGGUUCCUGGAGGUGCAAGGUGUGCGCCAAGGAAAUAGAGCUGAAGAAAGCAACUGGAGAUUGGUUUUAUGACCAGAAAGUAAACCGCUUUGCUUACCGAACAGGCAGUGAGAUAAUUAAGAUGUCCCUGCGCCGUAAACCUGCAGCGAAUAAAAGAGAGCUAGUGGGGCAGUCCCUUCUUCAGCAGCCUCAGAUGGGUGAUGUCUGGCCCGGAAGAAAGAUCAUUCAGGAACAGCAGAAGGAACCCAGUGUGCCGUUUGAGGUGCCAAAGCUGAAAAGUGGAAAGAGCACGCUGGAGGCUGAGAGCGAGAGCCUGGAUAGCUACACAGCCGACUCUGAUAGCACUUCCAGGAGAGAUUCUCUGGAUAGGUCUGGACUCUUCCCAGAAUGGAAGAAGAUGUCUGCUCCCAAAUCGCAAGUUGAAAAGGACAUUCAGCCAGGGAGCCCAAACGCAGUCUCUGUUGACGAGGGUGCCAUGAUCUUCAAGAAGAACACCAGAAAAGUCCUGAGGCCUCCAGAAUACACGAAGUCUGUGAUAGACCUUCGUCCAGAAGAUGUGGCACAAGAAGGUGGUAUCUUGGGAGACAGAAGCAAAUCUGUACCAGGCCUCAGUGUGGAUUUGGAAGAAGAGGAAGAGGAAGAAGAGGACAUUGACCACCUGGUGAAGUUGCAUCGCCAGAAACUGGCCAGAGGCAGCACUCAGAGUGGCUCCUCCAUGAGUACCAUUGGCAGCAUGAUGAGCAUCUAUAGUGAGGCUGGUGAUUUUGGGAACAUCUCUGUGACUGGCAAGAUUGCCUUUUCACUGAAGUUUGAGCAGAAAACGCAGACUCUGGUCAUCCAUGUAAAGGAGUGCCACCAGCUGGCCUAUGCUGAUGAAGCGAAGAAGCGUUCCAACCCAUAUGUGAAGACUUAUUUGCUGCCUGACAAAUCCCGCCAAGGAAAGAGAAAGACGAGCAUCAAGCGGGACACCAUCAAUCCACUAUAUGAUGAGACCUUUAGGUAUGAGAUUUCAGAAUCUCUUCUGGCUCAGCGGACUUUGCAGUUUUCCGUUUGGCAUCAUGGUCGUUUCGGCAGAAACACUUUCCUUGGAGAAGCGGAGGUCCACAUGGACUCUUGGAAGCUGGAUAAGAAGCUGGACCAUUGUCUCCCUUUACAUGGAAAGAUCAGUGCCGAGUCCCUGGCUGGCUUGCCAGCACACAAAGGCGAAUUGGUGGUUUCCUUGAAAUACAUCCCAGCCUCCAAACCCCCUGUUGGAGGUGACCGGAAAAAGAGUAAAGGUGGGGAAGGGGGAGAACUCCAGGUGUGGAUCAAAGAAGCCAAGAACCUGACGGCUGCCAAAUCAGGAGGGACUUCAGACAGCUUUGUCAAGGGAUACCUCCUUCCCAUGAGGAACAAGGCCAGUAAGCGUAAAACUCCUGUGCUGAAGAAGACUCUGAAUCCCCACUACAACCAUACAUUUGUCUACAAUGGUGUGAGGCUGGAAGAUCUGCAACACAUGUGCCUGGAGCUGACUGUAUGGGACCGGGAGCCCCUGGCCAGCAAUGACUUCCUGGGAGGGGUCAGACUGGGUGUUGGCACUGGGAUCAGUAAUGGCGAAGUGGUGGACUGGAUGGAUUCGACUGGUGAGGAAGUGAGCCUGUGGCAGAAGAUGCGACAGUACCCAGGGUCUUGGGCAGAAGGAACUCUGCAGCUACGUUCUUCAAUGGUCAAACAGAAGCUGGGUGUAUGAGUCCCUGUCCUCAUCUACAGGUGCAGCCCUGGGUAGUCCAAGUCAAAAGAAGCAACGCAACCACAAGGAAUGAUUACUAAUUUAAUGUGUAUGUGUAUGUGUGUGUGUUUGUAUAAACAUAUAUUUCUGCAGAUCUUAUUUUACUAGCUAGUGUGACACAGGCAUGUUCCUCCUGUGAAAUCAGCCCAAGAAUAUAAGGGUCUUUUCAAAUGGUUUUUAUUUAUCUCUAGUCUAGUAUAUUUGCUGAGUACAUAGUUGCCUUUAUCUUUCUAUGGUUUAACUACCUUUAAAAACCUUUUACAACAAGUCCCUACCUUCUAUCUUGUUAUUCUUAUUCCUACAUCCCCUAGACAUGUUUUUGACAUUAGUUCGAGUUUUGGGGUCUAGGUGAGCCUGAUUGAAGGUGAAGGCUCUUGGAAGCUGGGUU